UGCGGGGUGGGGUUUGUUUUUGUUUGGGGGGGGGUGGCUGGGGAAAGCGCAACUUCUUCUCCACAAGUUCCAGCCCCCUCCUCGCCCCCUUUCGAUGUGCGCCUUUGGACAUGCGGAGGCUACUGCAACCGUGUUGGUGGAUCUUUUUCUUGAAAAUCACCAGCUCCGUGCUCCAGUAUGUGGUGUGCUUCCCCGCUCUGACUGAAGGGUACGUUGGCUCGCUGCAUGAAAACAGACAUGGUAGUUCUGUGCAAAUACGGCGGCGUAAGGCCUCGGGGGAUUCUUACUGGGCUUACUCAGGUACAUAUGGUCCUGAGCACUGGGUUACUUCAAGUGUGGACUGUGGAGGUACUCAUCAGUCUCCAAUAGACAUCGUAGACCAUCAAGCACGUGUGGGAGAUGAAUAUCAAGAAUUACAGCUUGAUGGUUUCAACAACGAAUCCUCUAACAAGACAUGGAUGAAAAACACUGGGAAAACUGUCGCUAUCCUUCUGAAGGACGAUUAUUUCAUCAGCGGUGCUGGGCUGCCGGGUAGAUUCAAAGCAGAAAAAGUGGAAUUUCAUUGGGGUCAGAGCAAUGGAUCUGCUGGCUCUGAGCACAGCAUCAAUGGCAAGAGAUUCCCUGUUGAGAUGCAGAUUUACUUCUACAAUCCUGAUGACUUUGACAGUUUUGGAGCAGCAAUUUUAGAAAACCGGAUAAUAGGAGCCAUGGCUGUGUUUUUUCAAGUCAGUCAGAGGGACAAUCCAGCACUGGAUCCUAUUAUCCAUGGGUUGAAGGGUGUCGUACAUCAUGAGAAAGAGACCUUUCUGGAUCCCUUUGUGCUGAGAGACCUUCUGCCAACAUCACUAGGAAGUUAUUAUCGCUAUACAGGUUCUCUGACAACUCCACCAUGUAGCGAGAUUGUGGAAUGGAUAGUUUUUCGCAGGCCUGUUUCUAUUUCUUAUCACCAGCUGGAGGCGUUCUAUUCCAUAUUUACCACAGAACAGCAAGAUCACGUUAAGUCUGUGGAGUAUCUGAGGAAUAACUUCCGACCGCAGCAGCGUCUGAAUGACAGGGUGGUGUCCAAGUCUGCUGUGAAAGAUGCUUGGAGCCAAGAUGUGAUGGACAUCUUAGAAAAUCCAUUUGGCACAGAGGCUUCCAAAGUUUGCAGUACUCCCCCGGUCAACAUGAAAGUGCAGCCUGUGAACAGAACAGCCUUGCUAGUAACUUGGAACCAACCAGAGAUCAUCUACCACCCUCCCAUUAUGAACUACAUGAUCUCCUACAGCUGGACUAAAAAUGAAGAUGAAAAAGAGAAGACUUUCACCAAGGACAGUGACAAGGACCUGAAAGCCAUCAUUAGCCAUGUCUCACCUGACAUCCUUUAUCUGUUCAGAGUUCAAGCAGUUUGCCGAAAUGAUAUGCGUAGUGACUUUAGCCAGACUAUGCUCUUUCAAGCUAACACUACUCGAAUAUUCGAGGGGACCAGAAUUGUUAAAACAGGAGUGAAUAAUGGGCAGAAUGGAGUGUUUGGAAAGAAAAAGAAAACAAAAGGAAAAAAAAGCCGAGGUAGCAUAUCAGUUACCCCUACUGACACUCUUUCUGGUGUGUUUUCUUCCCUUGUCCCCUCUGGUGGUCUCUUCAAGCCUACAGCUUCUCCUGCUUCUUCAGCUGACAUGGCUCCCAUCAGUUCUGGAUCUUCUACCUGGACUACUUCUGGUCUUCCUUUCUCCUUUGUUUCAAUGGCAACUGGAAUGGGACCGUCAUCUAGUGGAAGCCAAGCAACAGUGGCCUCCGUGGUGACCAGCACAUUGCUUGCCGGCCUUGGGUUUAGCGGUGGCGGUAUUUCCUCCUUUCCUAGCACUGUGUGGCCAACCCGCCUUCCUAGUGCUGCUUCUACCAGCAAACAGUCAGUUAGGCCGGUGCUUACAACUCCUGAGGCUUUAUCUUCUCCAGGACCAGACAGUGAUUCCGCUCUGACGAAAGACAAUGAGGGAGCAGAGGAAGGAGAAAAGGAUGAGAAGAGUGAAAGUGAGGAUGGCGAAAGGGAACAUGAUGAAGAGGGAGAAAAGGAUUCAGAAAAGAAAGACAAGAGUGCAGUGACAGAGGCUGCCGAGGUACAAAAUAACACUGAGACCACACUAACGACCAUUUCCCCUAAUAGAACUGUAGAGGAGGAAGGAAAUAAAACCAUACCCGGUCAAGAGCAAAACAUUUUCCCAACAGAUAAGAGUCCUGAAGAAGAGAUGGUUACUGAAACAGACACUCAGGCCCAACCUGUCCCCUCCACCCAAGUGCCACCAGCAUUCACAAAUGAACAUUAUGUAGGGCAAAUCCCAAAGGGACCAGAGACAACAUCAAGAAAAGCUUUUCCCAACGACCAUAGGUUUCCAGAGGAAAAUUCAUCGGAUAACAGAUUCAUCACCAUUAACCCAGACAAGAAUAGCUCCAGUAUGGCAACCAGACCUUCUCCUGGCAAAAUGGAAUGGAUAAUCCCUCUGAUUGUGGUCUCGGCCCUGACCUUUUUGUGCCUCCUCCUCCUCCUUGCUGUGUUGGUUUACUGGAGAAAGUGUUUUCAGACGGCUCAUUUCUACGUGGAGGACAGCAGCUCGCCUCGAGUGGUCCCUAAUGAGAGUAUUCCCAUUAUACCUAUCCCAGAUGACAUGGAAGCCAUUCCUGUCAAACAGUUCAUUAAACAUAUCAGUGAGCUCUAUUCUAAUAACCAACAUGGCUUCUCAGAAGACUUUGAGGAAGUGCAACGCUGUACAGCCGACAUGAACAUCACAGCAGAACAUUCCAAUCACCCAGAUAACAAGCACAAGAACAGAUACAUCAACAUUUUAGCAUAUGAUCACAGUAGGGUGAAACUAAGGCCUUCGCCAGGAAAAGAUUCUAAGCACAGUGACUACAUUAAUGCUAAUUAUGUUGAUGGUUACAACAAAGCAAAAGCCUAUAUUGCCACCCAGGGACCUUUGAAGUCUACAUUUGAAGAUUUCUGGAGAAUGAUUUGGGAACAAAAUACUGGAAUCAUUAUCAUGAUUACAAACCUCGUGGAAAAAGGAAGAAGAAAAUGUGAUCAGUACUGGCCAACGGAGAAUAGCGAGGAAUACGGCAACAUUACAGUCACAUUGAAGAGCACAAAGGUACAUGCCUGCUACACGGUCCGCCGUUUCACAGUCAGGAACACAAAAAUGAAGAAGGGUCAGAAGGGAAACCCCAAAGGGCGACAGAACGAUAGAACGGUUAUUCAGUAUCACUAUACACAAUGGCCUGACAUGGGAGUGCCAGAAUAUGCUCUGCCUGUGCUAACCUUUGUGAGGAGAUCGUCAGCAGCCAGGACCCCGGAAAUGGGACCCGUGCUUGUACACUGCAGUGCUGGUGUGGGCAGAACUGGUACCUACAUUGUGAUAGACAGCAUGCUGCAGCAGAUACAAGACAAAAGCACAGUUAAUGUCCUGGGUUUCCUGAAACACAUCAGGACACAGCGCAACUACCUCGUUCAGACAGAGGAGCAGUACAUUUUUAUUCAUGAUGCCUUGCUGGAAGCCAUCCUUGGGAAGGAGACUGAAGUAUCUGCAAACCAGCUGCAUAGUUAUGUUAACAGCAUUCUUAUACCUGGAAUAGGAGGAAAGACACGACUAGAGAAACAAUUCAAGCUGGUUACACAGUGUAAUGCAAAAUAUGUGGAAUGCUUCAGUGCUCAGAAAGACUGCAACAAAGAGAAGAACAGAAACUCAUCAGUUGUGCCAUCUGAACGUGCUAGGGUGGGUCUCGCGCCACUGCCUGGAAUGAAGGGAACUGAUUACAUUAAUGCCUCUUAUAUCAUGGGUUACUACAGGAGCAAUGAGUUCAUCAUAACCCAGCAUCCUCUUCCACAUACAACUAAAGACUUUUGGCGAAUGAUCUGGGAUCAUAAUGCACAGAUCAUUGUCAUGCUGCCAGACAACCAGAGCUUGGCAGAAGAUGAGUUUGUGUACUGGCCAAGUCGCGAGGAAUCCAUGAACUGUGAGGCCUUUACCGUGACCCUUAUCAGCAAAGACAGACUGUGCCUCUCUAAUGAAGAGCAAAUUAUCAUCCAUGACUUUAUCCUUGAAGCUACCCAGGAUGACUAUGUUCUGGAAGUACGCCACUUUCAGUGUCCCAAAUGGCCAAACCCAGAUGCCCCCAUAAGCAGUACCUUUGAACUUAUCAAUGUAAUCAAGGAAGAGGCCUUAACAAGAGAUGGCCCCACCAUUGUUCAUGAUGAGUAUGGAGCUGUGUCAGCCGGAACGCUGUGUGCCCUGACCACCCUUUCCCAACAGCUGGAGAAUGAAAAUGCUGUCGAUGUUUUCCAGGUGGCAAAGAUGAUCAAUCUUAUGCGGCCUGGAGUAUUUACAGAUAUUGAGCAGUACCAGUUUCUUUAUAAAGCAAUGCUGAGCUUGGUGAGCACUAAGGAAAAUGGAAAUGGUCCCAUGACACUGGACAAAAACGGUGCUGUGAUGGCCAGUGAGGAACCGGAUCCUGCAGAAAGCAUGGAGUCUCUUGUCUAAUUGGAAUCUUGAAAAGGCACUUAAUUUGUAGAACUUCUGAAGACUGCGUGAACUUUUUUGAGGCCUUUUUUGCCAGACUCUAGGUUAUACAAUAACCCAAUUACUUUUUUACACUGAUAAAAGUUUUGAUAUUUAUUUUUUGCCAUUUUAUGUCUUAAUGGUAUCCUACUGAGCAUUCGCACCUCUGUUUCUUUCACACAGUGCACCGCAAUUUUAUCUAGUUUGCACUAUAUGAUCAGUGUUACUGCCUAUAAUACUCUAAUACAAAAGCAAGCCCUGAUGUGACAUUCCAUGACAGCAAACAUGCUACUUUUUAGUUUAAAUGCAGUGAAGUUUUGUUAACUACGGUGACCCUUGAAUCUUAAAUCUUGAAUGCUAGACCAGAUGGAUUCUUCCUACAAGAAAUACUGCACCCCGUCAUACUCCUAAUAUUUAUUGCUUUAAUUUUAAUUGUUGUAGGUCUUCUGUAUUCCAGUUCAGUGGAUAAGCAAUAUUCAUCCUUUCGUGAUAAAAUGUGGCAGGUGGUUACUAGCUACAGUGAAGGUAGAAUAGCCUCAUGGAGCUGAAACAAUUGCUUUUGUAUUGUUUCAGAUUCUGCUUUUUGUAUACUUUGAGGCCUAAGAAUUGCUUCACAUGGAACAUAUAAAAUUACAUAAAAAAAAGUAUAGAACAACUCAGACCUGGGACAUGGUCACGGAUUUUGCCAUUACAGCCUCAAAGCUUCCCCAAUUAUUAAGAAUAAAAAUGUCAGUUUUAGAUUUUAAAACCGCCAUAUGGAACUGUGUUGUUUUUUAUUUUCAUCAGAGCCAAUUCAAUGAAAACUGUGCUACGAUCAAAAAUAGGUCUGUUUCCAGACACAGGAAAGUAGCAAUAUUUUUCAUUACUAAGCUAUUCAAUCUUUUAAACACAUUAAUUUCUUGAACAGGAACUCACACCUAAUAGUAUGUCACAUGGCGAAGACGAGCGUUUCUUAAUUUCAUAACUGUUAGAUGCCAUUUUUACAGGUGUGUAAUUUUCAUAUUUUAGUGCUAAAACAUAAAGUACUGAUCCAUAUUUACUGGUGAAGCAAACUAAUAAAAAAUAACUACCUAUAAA